AUGCCAGGUACCGUUGCCAGCUUCAGAGCUACCGAUGUACAUUGUCCUUACCUCGCUCUAGGCGCAUCGCUGUGGCUCGUCCCUCCCUCGUCCUCACCCAUCUAUUUCCAUCUCUCUUACCUCGUAGCUCGUGACAUUCCUUCCAAAUUUCCUGGUCUCUCUACGCCGUUCUUCAUCCCUCAUGUCACUUUGACCUCCGGUGUACCCACAGACCUCGGCGAUGCCGAAGCUUUCUUAGACAAGCUUUCAAUCCCGGCCACCAACGAAGUGGCCAUCACAUUCGAAGCAUUGGACAUUGGCGGUGAGCUCGUCAAAAAAUGUACCCUACGCGUUACGAAGAGCCCGAGCCUCGAAGCUCUAGCCAAAGAGUGCAGGCGUGUGGGAGUCGAGCAGGGUGAUGAGGAAAAGGCAGAGAAGUGGGUCAAGGAGGAGUAUGGACCGCAUUGUAGCUUGAUGUAUGCGGACAUCGAUGUUUCAGAACAGCAGAAAAAGAGUUUGGAGGAUGCUGUUACGAAGAGGGGGCUUAAUUUCCAUCAGGAAGGAGAGUUGGCGGGCUGGAAGGGUGGCGAGGUGUGGCUUGUGGACACGUCGAAGGGGUUCGAGAGUUGGGCACCCGUUGCUGUGAGGAAACUCUGA